ACACAUAAAGAGAGAGAGAGAGAGAGUAGAGAGAAAAGGUGAUGAAUAGAGGUGUGUUGGAGAGUUCGCCGGUUCAACAGCUGAUGGCAGCCGGAAACCCUAACUGGUGGAACGUAAGCGGCGGCAUGAGGCCACCCCCACCGUUGAUGGGUCAUCAGCAGGCGCCGUUGCCGCCACAUAUGACUCCUAACAACAACUAUCUCCGACCACGGAUGAUGCCCACUCCCCUGCCGCACUUCUUGCCAUCUCCGGCGACUUCGUCUUCCUCUUCUUCUUCACCAUCUUUGCCUAAUAACCCUAAUCUCUCUUCUUGGCUUGAAAGCAAUGAUCUCCCUCCUGAGUCUUGGAGCCUUAGCCAACUUCUUUUGGGUGGAUUGAUGAUGGGAGAGGAAGAGAGAUUGGAGAUGAUGAACCAUCAUAAUCAUCAUGAUGAACAACAACACCAUAGUUUUCAAGGGAAGAUGCGAUUGGAGAAUUGGGAAGAACAAGUGUUAAGCCACCAACAAGCUUCCAUGGUUGCUGCUGACAUCAAACAAGAGAGUAACAUUAACAACAACAAUGGCUAUGUCAUAUCUUCUCCGAACUCACCUCCUAACAAAUCUUGUGUUACAACAACAACCACAACAAGCCUCAAUAGUAACGACGAUAACAUCAACAACAAUAAUAAUAUGUUGGAUUUCUCCAGCAAUCACAAUGGUCUUCACUUGUCAGAAGGGAGACACACUCCUCCGGAUCGAUCCUCUGAGUGUAACAGCUUAGAGAUUGGUGGGUCUACUAAUAAGAAGCCAAGGCUCCAACCUUCUCCUUCGUCACAAUCAACCCUCAAGGUGAGAAAGGAGAAACUAGGAGGCCGAAUCGCAGCGCUUCAUCAGCUAGUAUCUCCAUUUGGAAAGACUGACACAGCAUCUGUCCUGUCGGAAGCUAUUGGAUACAUUAGAUUCCUUCAGAGUCAAAUUGAGGCUCUGAGUCAUCCAUACUUUGGUACGACUGCCUCGGGGAAUAUGAGGCACCAACAACAUUUGCAAGGAGAUAGGAGUUGCAUAUUUCCUGAGGACCCUGGCCAGCUCGUGAAUGAUCAGUGCAUGAAGAGAAGAGGAGCUUCGUCGUCAUCAUCUACGGACAAUCAAAAUGCAAGUGAAGAGCCUAAGAAAGAUCUGAGAAGUCGAGGUUUAUGUCUUGUCCCAAUCUCAUGCACACUCCAAGUAGGCAGCGACAACGGCGCCGACUAUUGGGCUCCAGCACUCGGCUCCGCCGGUUUCCAUUGAGCCAAUGAAAUUACGCCACGUGA